UCUCUCGAAUGUGCACGUACCUGCCGCGACGGAGAUCAGCCGAAGAUUUGUUAUUAUCAGUUCAUGGUCGAACAUUAUCCCGUCUACGGCCAAGCAUGUGACAUUUGCACUCCAAACAAUACUACUAAUAUCUGUCCCAAUUGCCAGUGUGUGCUUUCCAAUGGAGAGCAACGGAGUGCUUUGACCGUGAACAGGUUGUAUCCAGCACCAAGUAUACAAGUUUGCUUAGGUGAUUCUAUCGAGGUCGAUGUUGUUAAGCGAAUCGCGGAAGAUCAAAUUACGAUUCACUGGCACGGAGUGUUGCAGUACGGUACUCAAAUAAAUGAUGGAGUACCCUUUGUUACUCAAUGCCUGAUUCUGGCAGGAGAUACGUAUAGAGAGGCUGUCGCUGCUGAAAUUGUGGCCGCGAUGGAGGUCUUCCGGGAUUACUAUACAUCUACAUUAUUAUACAUAUUAUUAAAUGUUGCUUUUAUACUUUCUGCUGCAAACGGAGGAAAGCAAUGUGAAGUUAUUAAAGCCGGUUAUGCACCUGGACUCAGUGGUAUGCCCACUAUUAAUAAAACAAGUUGUUUGGUUGGAGAAUUACUUGAGGAUUCUACACUGUCAAAUGCUCUUGAUUGUGCCCGUUCCUGUCGCGCUGGACAAAAACCGAAAACCUGUUACUACAAAUUUGUGAUCGAACGUUACCCCAUAAACGGGACGGCAUGUGAGCUAUGCACUCCCAACAUUACCAAUACUCUAUGUCCAAAUUGUCAAUGCAUAAUCGGCGACGGUAUAUCAAGAAUGGCAAUAACAGUAAACAGAAUGAUGCCAGGACCAAGUAUACAAGUCUGUUUAGGAGAUUACAUUGUGGUUGACGUUGUUAAUGAAGUCAGUGGUGCUGGACUGACGAUUCAUUGGCAUGGAUUAUUCCAAGAGGACACGCAGUAUUACGAUGGUGUACCUAUGUUAACACAGUGUCCAAUACCCUACAGUACAUCGUUUAGAUAUCAAUUUUAUGCAAAUAACGGCGGUACGCAUUUUUGGCACGCACACACUGGUCUUCACAAGAUGGACGGCGUUUUCGGUAGUCUUAUUGUACGCGAGCCAGCGAAAAAUGAACCCAAUGUGAAACUUUAUGAUUUCGACUUAGCGAAUCACGUAAUUGUAACCAAUGAUUGGAUGAUCGAAGAAGCAACAGAGCGAGCGCCUGGUCGAACUGCUGGUAUAGUUAGUCAGAUUGCUGAUUCAAUUUUAAUCAACGGAAAAGGAACAUAUACGGAUUCCAAUGGUAACACUACAAAGACUCCUUUGGAAGUGAUCACUGUCGAUGCUAAUAAACGGUAUCGCUUCCGUAUGGUGAACGCUUUCUGCACUGUUUGCGGCGGAGAGUUAUCAAUUCAGGGCCAUAAUCUCACUAUUAUUGCGAUGGACGGUAAACCCGUAAAACCUGUCGUUGUGGAUUCAAUUGUUUCCUUUGCUGGAGAGCGAUAUGAUUUCGUCAUAAAUACGAAUCAAACACCUGGUGCAUAUUGGAUACAAGUCCGAGGACAGAUAAGUUGUGCGGCAAAUCAAAUAAUGGCAUUGGCACUACUGCAAUAUACAAAUGCAUCCACAACGCCAGCCACAGCUGCACCCAACUAUUCAGAUGUAUCUCCCGACCGAGUUAUUAUGAAUCCAUUGGAUGGCAAUUGUUCUCGUACAGACCAGUAUUGUGUUAGUAACUUGAAGAACGCGAGACAAGUGGAUACGGCUAUUCUAUCAGAAAAACCGGACUUGAAACUAUUUCUCCCGAUAGGCGCAUUCACAUUUAAUGAGAAUGACGUUUUCAAACCUAACACUUACAACAAGUUUAUAGUACCCUUCCCGGGCAUACACGUGACCGAAUUAAUUAACAACAUCACGUUCCAAUUUCCGCCGUCACCUCCGCUUUCUCAGCUGGAUGAUAUCCCUGAAGAUCAGUUUUGCAAUGGUAACAACUUACCGAAAGACUGCAAUUCAACUUUAUGUCACUGCACACACUUGGUCGAGAUACCAUUAGACGCUGUUGUGGAGCUUGUAAUCCUCGAUUCAUUUCGAGUACCAGAUAUAAAACAUCCGUUCCAUUUGCAUGGGUAUGCGUUUAAUGUCAUAAGCAUGGCACAGCCUUUAGGACCAGCAAACAAUACAAAUAAUUUUAUGACAGUGGAUUACUUAAAACAACUGGACGAGAAUGAGCAAAUAGAAAGAAACUUUGAAUCUCCCCCUGGCAGGGAUACUAUCUCUGUACCGAACAAUGGCUACGUCAUAAUCAGAUUUCAUGCAACUAACCCAGGCUUUUGGCUAUUUCACUGUCACAUACUUUAUCAUCAGCUGAAUGGUAUGGAAAUGGCGUUCAGAGUUGGAGAUAAAAAGGACUUACCACCAAAGCCAAGUAAUUUCCCGACAUGUGGCAAUUUUCAACCAGACAUUAACGCCAAGAAUCGCAGAAAGCGGUGUUCUUUGAGAAGAAAAUGA